AUGACUGACCAAAAUGAGCAGGCUCGUGUUGCUGUCCUUGAAAUCGAGAUGAAGCAAGUCCUGAAUGUGCUCGAGAAUCUCACCAAACAAGUUGCUUCCCUACAGACAAGCAUUUCCACAUUGUCUGCACCCGCUCAACCGAGUGUAGAGAUUGUACUGCCCGAUGACUCUCCUCCUGUUGAGUCAAAAGAUAAGGGAAAAAUUGUUGCCAUUGGCACUUCCUCGACUGAGAAUGGUGCAACUUUAACUGACAAAGCUCGUCCGAUCAUUACAAAUGGGGGCGAUGCAUCUUCUAAGCCACCAAAGAGUGAUGAGGCUGAGCGUAUUGAUAAGCUUGAAGAAAAAUUCCAUCAAAUGCAAGGCUUUGAUGAUCAAUUCUCACGAGGUCUUGCUCACAUUGUCAAGGUUCAAGUCCUUAAGAAGUUCAAGGCGCCUGAGUUUAAUAAGUUCGAUGGCCUUUCUUGUCCUAAGGUCCAUUUACAAUACUACACGACGAGGAUGGUGCCGUAUGCCGAUAAUGUGCCACUCAUGAUCUACACUUUCCAAGAUAGCUUAGUCGGACCCCCCUUACAAUGGUUCGUUUUGAAGAAGAUUCACUCGCUCAAGACAUGGAAGGAUUUGUCUGAUGCCUUCAUCCGUCAAUACAAAUUCAAUAUUGACGUGGCCUCGUCACAUGAGGAUUUGAUUCGCACUGAGAAGAAAAAGACUGAGACCUUCAAGGCCUAUGCCACUAGGUGGAGAGCUCUAGCUGUGCAAAUUACCCCCAAGUUGACUGAGAAGGAGAUGCUUGAUACCUUCAUGAAGACUUUACCGUUCAAGUUUCGUAAUCGAAUGCUGGGUUCUAAUUUCAAUUCUUUAGCUGAGUUGAUACCUGCGGGAGAACGCAUUGAGAUCGCUCUGCGCGAUGGUUGGGCCAUUGAGCAGGCUACCUUCGCUAAGAAGUUCACCCUCAAGAAAGAUAAGGAACCGGCACCUGAAGUGAAUGUAGCUUACUCUCAACAAAGCUGUGAUACUGCCUCGACAAUGCAGUCUGCUGGCAAACAACAAGGUGGACGCCAAUUCACUAGUCGACAACAAGGUACUAAAAGGAGCUUCACGCUUCUGCCUAGACCGUCAUCCAAAGUUCUGCCUGUCCUCCAAAAGAAAAAUUUGCUUUCAAGUGAGCCGAAACACCUGAACCCCGAGCUGUUCUCUGGUUAUGACUCCUCUAAGAAGUGUAAGUAUCAUAUGGGGGAGGUCGGUCAUUCUACUGAUGAUUGUUACGUACUGAAGCAUAGAAUUCAAGACCUCUUGGACACAAAGGCAUUCUCUUUCUGCAGUGAUCAACCAAAUGUCCAGCGGAACCCUCUACCCAACCAUGUUGGAAGCGCGGAUGCUGUUAUUGAGUGGAGAAAUUUCUGGCUUUGA